ACACUCCCGACAGAGUCAUGCAGUACGAAGUCCCCCAUUACCCGCCUCCUACCCACCACGACAUGGCGUCGUCGGCAUCCGCGCCCCAGUACCCCCAGAAUCUAUACGUGCCCAAUGGUAGAAUCAAGUCCGAGAACGGCUCCGAGCGCGGUGUUUCCCCCCAUCCCUCGGACCCUUCGUCGCGUUAUUCAUCUCAAGCUCCUCCCGCCAUUCAUCCCGCCGCCUAUCCUCCUCAAGGUCUCAACAGCCUCGCUCCCGGAAUGCGCUAUCCUUCGCCCUCCCAGUUGCAUCAGCAGAUGCCCUUGAUCCAACACAGCUACCACCCUGCCCCGAACGACCCGGCAUACGCCCAGCCAUCCAUGAACACAGCCCCUCCACCAGUUCAAGACCAGCAACCACAGCAAGAAGGUACCCAGCGCAGCACAGGCAGCGGCUUGCCCAAGGCAUUUGCUUGUUCGACUUGUGGCAAAGGUUUCGCUCGUAGAAGUGAUCUCGCCAGACAUGAACGCAUUCACAGCGGAGUCCGUCCUCACGUGUGUGACUACCCAGGCUGUGGUAAGCAAUUCAUCCAGCGCUCUGCACUCACAGUGCACUCUCGUGUGCACACUGGAGAAAAGCCCCACAUGUGUGAGCGCUGCGGCAAGCCUUUCAGCGAUUCGUCGUCCCUGGCGCGUCAUCGAAGAAUCCACUCUGGAAAGAGACCUUACAAGUGCCCCUAUGCCGACUGUCAAAAGACCUUCACGCGCCGCACAACUUUGACGCGUCACCAAAACCACCACACCGGCACCAUUGAAGAAUCCGCUGCUGCUACCGCUGCCGCUCUGGCCUCGCGCGCCUCGAUGCAGACGCGUGGAUCGCGUUCUGACGGAGAAGAAUACUCGGAGAACAAGUCGCCAAUGCCUACACCCUCUCCCCACGAUCGCCCUGUCUCAGUUUCCCCUGCUGGCGGCAUGAACGGUGUUGCUGCGCUCCAGCGGUCGACUUCCGACUACUACAUCAACGCCAUGAACGGUGGCAUGACGAUGCCUCCACACAUGCGCAACGAGAUGGCUACUCACAGCCCGCGCUCCGCCUCUCCCGCCAACUCGCACUAUUCUAUGCCCAGCUCGGCCAGCCAAGCUCGCCAGCCAUUGACCUCUCACCCUGGUGCAUACCCUCUUCCCUCGACCCUGGAACCGCCUACUACCAAUCCUCCAAGCCAGAACGGCAGCGUAGGUGGUAGCCCCCACAUGGGUGGUUCAGGCUGGCAGUCACCUGCCCAUCAAUCAAUCGGCGGCGCUCAACAAGCAGAUUACUCGUACCCUGAUCCAAACACUCAGCAGUACGUCCAGAAUGCGCAGAACCUGUAUUACCAAAACCAGAACAUGCGCCGUCCUCAGAGCACCGAUCCCAUGGACCCUUACCAUGCUCAGCGCAUUGGCCAUGUUGGUCAGGAGAUGUGGGCUCAGCACCCGCAAUGAAGCGUGUACAACAAAGAACAAAAAAUAGCAACAAGGAUUAGAUGGGGCGUGGAGUUUCUCGGCAGACGGGCGCAUUUGAUGUCGGAGUAAGAAGGGAUUGUUUUCAAGGGUCUUCACGCAUUUCCAAAUUGCUCCUCACACACACGGUAUAGCUGCAUUACUUGUUGUGAGAAGAAGCAAUGGGCGGCGUUCUGAUAGUAUUCAUUCGUUCUGUCUCUUUACAAUAGUGGAUUUGGCAAGUCGAAGGUGUUGGGUGGGACAGGCAUUGCAUUUGCUCUUCUUUGUCUUUCAGCGGCAUAUGCAGGCAAGAUUGCGUCGGAGGCUGAUAAUGACUUGACGUCCGUGUAACUAUAUUAGAGACUGCCUUGGCAGCAAGAAAAGGCACACA